GCAAGCCCGUGAUGUUAUCUGCUGGCAGCAGACGGCUCGCUUCGAGGGGAGCUCCAGAAGCUCCCAGCGAGGGAGAGAGAGAGGGAGAGAGAGAGAGAGGGGGAGAGAGAGGGAGAGAGGGAGGGAGAGGCUGGGGAAAGGGAUGCAGAGCUAGUAUAACGGUCCAGGGAGCCUUUCGGGAUCCGGCCGAGUGGCUGCUGGCCGCAGAAGCGGAAAGCAGGAGGGUCGAUUUCAGGGUGCCCAGUGCCGACCUCCCCUAAGCGAGACAGUCCAAGGCGCAGAGCAACCAGGAGAACUGGGAAAGGGUGGGCGUCCAAGGGAAGCCCUACGCGACCCCCGUAGGAAAAAAGCUGCCCCGCAGCGGUCCCAGGGGGUGAAAAAGCCACGGCGGCGGCCGCCCGUCGCCUGUUGCCGGGUUGGCGUUUGGAGCGAGAGGAGAAGGAGGAGCAGGAGAAGGAGGGAGCUGGAGGCUGGACGCGUUUGCCAGCGGCGGCGGCGGCGGCAGCAACGUGGAGUAACCGGGCGGGUCGGCGCGCUCCGGCCGGGGUGGAGGCCACAGCGCGCGGCUCUGGGAAGGAUCCUCGCCUCCUCGGCAGCUGCCGCUGCGGCCGCCGCCGACCUGAGCGGGUCCCGAGCGCCCAGCGCAGCGCAGCCACCUCCCCGCGGCGCGCCAGGCUCGCCCCCAGCGCGCGCGCCCGCGCGCGCGCACACACACUCACUCACACACACACUCACACCCUCACACACGUGUGCGCUUCUCCGCUCCCGAGCUGUUGCUGCUGCUGCCGCCGCCGCCGCCGCCGCUGCUCCCAGCGCCGCAGUGGACCGCGGGGCCCAGCCGCUCCUGCCUUAAAUAUAUAAAUUACGGCCGCGCAGCCCUCGCGCCGCUCUCGCUGCGCCCCUCCCGCCCGCGCGCCAGCUGCCAGCCCCGGGACCUCUUCCUCUCUUCCCUCUUGGCCCGAGGAGCCGAGUUCAGAUCCGCCACUCCGCGCCCGAAACUGACACACUGAACUCCGUGUCCUCCUCUCAAAUUCAUUUCUGCCUAAUAGCCACCCGUCUCUUCCCCCCACCCCCAGCCUCGUCGCUCCAAGGAAACUUUUUCUUGCUCCCCCAAGUGAGGGUUCCCCUCUGCCCGUCGUGUAUUAAUACUUCCACCUUGGGAACUACUGGCACUUUCUUUUUAAAGGAAUUCGAGCAAGAUAUCUUUUUUUUUCUCCACUAUUGGACAUUGAUUGACUCGGUCGUUUGCAAAAGUUUCGCAUUAAAAAAAAAAUCUACCUGAUCUGUCUGUACUUUGAGACUGGUUGGUUUCUUUUCUUUCUUCCUUUCUUUUUUUUUUUUUUUGGACUUUUUUUUUUUACUUAAAAAAAUUUUUUUCACCUUUAAAAAAAUGCACUACUGUGUGCUGAGCGCUUUGGGGCUCCUGCAUCUGGUCACGGCCGCGCUCAGCCUGUCUACCUGCAGCACGCUGGACAUGGAGCAGUUCAUGCGCAAGAGGAUCGAGGCGAUCCGCGGGCAGAUCCUGAGCAAGCUGAAGCUCACCAGCCCCCCAGAAGAGUACCCCGAGCCCGAGGACGUGCCCCCGGAGGUGAUCUCCAUCUACAACAGCACCCGGGACUUGCUCCAGGAGAAGGCGAGCCGCCGAGCGGCCGCCUGCGAGCGGGAGCGCAGCGACGAGGAGUACUACGCGAAGGAGGUCUACAAGAUCGACCGGACCCCUUACUUGUCCUCGGAAACUGUCUGCCCAGUUGUUACAACACCCUCUGGCUCAGUGGGCAGCUUGUGCUCCAGACAGUCCCAGGUGCUCUGUGGGUACCUUGACGCCAUCCCGCCCACGUUCUACAGACCCUACUCCAGAAUCGUCCGCUUCGACGUGUCGGCGAUGGAGAAGAACGCGUCCAACCUGGUGAAGGCGGAGUUCAGGGUGUUCCGCCUGCAGAACCCCAAAGCCAGGGUUUCCGAACAGAGGAUCGAACUGUACCAGAUUCUCAAAGCCAAGGAUGUAACGUCGCCAAACCAGCGCUACAUCGACAGCAAAGUCGUGAAAACAAGAGCUGAAGGGGAAUGGCUCUCCUUUGAUGUGACCGAUGCCGUGCAUGAGUGGCUCCACCAUAAAGACAGGAACCUGGGAUUUAAAAUAAGUUUACACUGUCCCUGCUGCACCUUUGUAGCAUCUAACAAUUACAUCAUCCCCAAUAAAAGCGAAGAGCUAGAAGCAAGAUUUGCAGGUAUUGAUGGCACCUCCACAUAUACCAGUGGUGAUCAGAAAACUAUAAAGUCCACUAGGAAAAAAAACAGUGGGAAGACCCCACACCUCCUGCUAAUGUUGUUACCCUCCUACAGACUUGAGUCACAACAGUCCAACCGGCGGAAGAAGCGCGCCUUGGAUGCAGCCUAUUGCUUUAGAAAUGUGCAGGAUAAUUGCUGCCUGCGUCCACUUUACAUUGAUUUCAAGAGGGAUCUUGGGUGGAAAUGGAUCCAUGAACCUAAAGGGUACAAUGCCAACUUCUGUGCCGGGGCGUGCCCAUAUUUAUGGAGUUCGGACACUCAGCACAGUAGGGUUCUCAGCUUAUAUAACACCAUAAACCCGGAAGCAUCCGCUUCUCCAUGCUGUGUGUCCCAGGAUUUAGAACCGCUCACCAUUCUCUACUACAUCGGCAAAACACCCAAGAUUGAACAGCUCUCUAACAUGAUCGUAAAGUCGUGCAAAUGCAGCUAAGAUUCUUGAAAAAGUGGCAAGGCGAUCAUCACACGAUGAUGAUGAUGAUGAUGAUGAUGAUAUGACAACAAUAACAAUGUUCAGGACAAGAAACAUAAGACAGCCUUGUUCCAUCAGUGUUAAAAAAAUGAUUUGAAAAAGCGGUACUAGUUCAAACACUUUGGAAGUUUGUGUUCUGUUUGUUAAAACUGGCAUUCGAAACAAAAGGAAAAAAAAUACAAAGGCUUUAUUCUACAUUUCGCCUACUCUGUAAGUGAGAGAGACAAGAAACAAAACCUUUUUUUUAAGAAAAAAAAUAAACACUGGAAGAAUUUGUUAGUGUUAAUUAUGUGAAAGAAAAAAAAAAAAAAAGAAACAGGAAAAUCCCGUUCAGUGGAGUUGCUGUACAUGCGUUCCUAACCCCAGCCUCACUUGAUUUUUCUGUAUUGCUAUGCAAUAGGCUCCCUCCCGUUUUUACUCUCAGAGUUCACAGUGAGUUAUUUAUUGUGUGUUACUAUAUAAUGAACAUUUCAUUGCCCUUGGAAAAUAAAACAGGUGUAUAAAGUGGAGACCAAAUCCUUUGCCAGAAAAUUCAUGGAUGGUUUAAGGAACUUGAACUCAACCGAGCCAGGAAAAAAAAAAAAAAGGCCAGAUGAGUGGGAUGAAAACCCAACGGGAGUUCUUAGAUGGCCCAGCGAGUGGGUGUUAAAGAGAAAGACCCUGGAAACGAUGCAAUGUACCAACGGCCUAAGGAAGCUUCCUGUAAAGUUCAAAGCUGAAAAGCCUGUUAAUAAAGGAAACUUGCAGUCAGACUAAGUCUGUAAGAUUUUUUUCUGCCUUUCAAUUGUAAAUGGUUCUUUGUCAGUGUAGUCCACCCGUGAAAUGUUGCAAUGUUUGGAUACAUACUCGUCACACUUCAGACCUAGAACUCUUGCUGUCUAGUUAUGCCAUAGGUUUUUCUUAGUUUCGAUAUAUGUAACCAUACCUAUAUUAUUACAAUAGAUGAGUGUAGAAGCCAGUAUAAUUGGAAACACAUCUGCAGACUUUUUUUUUGCAAACUAUUAAAUCAAAACAUUAACUACUUUGCGUGUAAUGUGUAAAUUUUUACCAUAUUUUUAAUGUUCUGUAAUAAUGUCAACUCUGAUUUAGAUGGGACUUAAAUUUGGGCUUUUUUAUUUUUAUUUUUUUUUAAUGAUCACACAGAACUGUGUUUCCUUUAGCUGGCUAGUAUUUUUUGAAUAAAGCCCCUAGAUUUUGACUUGCACUAAAAAUACAUGUUUCAUAGUAUUUGCUCCAUUGUGCUUUAUAAAUUGUCCAUUUUUAUAAUGUAAGAUACCUGAGUCCGCUUGUCCUUUUUUCUGUUACGGAAAAGAUAGAUUUGAGUUCAGUCCCCUUCCCUCCUCUUCCAAGCAUCACCACUGAUCAAUUCAGAUAUUAAAAAGCUUCCGUGUUAGGAAAAUUCGGGACGAAUGUUGAUCCAGAGACAAUGAAGUGAAAUGUUUGCAUUGCAGCAAGGGCUUUCGGACCUGACCGAAACUCAGGUCUGAAACUCAGACCUGGCUCCUCCCACCUGGCUCAGUCAGCACAUGUGCAGCACCCUCCUGUUCUCAGAAAAGCAGACAGUUUGUAGGAAACUUCUUUUACUUCCAUUAGGCUUGUAGUGUUCAGGGUUCAAUAGAGAGACUUGCCUUUUCAUUGAUUUUUCUUUAAGGACAAAAUACAGGUCAGCACAAAUCAUUUUGUUUAUUUCACUGACAUGAAGGUUUUUGUAGGUAUCCUCGGAAGGUUGAAAAGGCACAAACCAAAUUCUCCCAUGAUCAAACCGUAUUUUUCCCCUGUGAAUGAGCGUGUUCUCUAGAUCUGAGGCUACGACUUACUUUGCUUCAAUAAAUGAUUUGCUACAUGAUUGCCGAGGCAGUAACCUUAGGUCACAGUUUGUAGAAGGUGUCAGUUUGCCCAUUGUCCCUGAUUUAGCUUUAAGAUACAAAUCCAUAGGUCAAACCAUGGAGUCUGCAGUUUCACUUAAAAAGCAGCACAAUGAGGGUAAAUCCAAGGGAAGUUGUUUGAUGUAGUAAACUUUUUUUUUUUGGAACUUCCUGACCAUUAAUGAAAGGGAGGAAUUGGAUUUACAAGUUUGGAAACUGGAAAGGCGAGAGAUAGAAAGCCACACACAGUAGCGAACACCCCUUGCGGUAGGUGUCCCCCGAUCCCACGUUUGAGAGUGUUGAUUUAUUUUCUCUUCCACGUUUCUAUGAAUUUCUAUGUAAAAAUCACUUUUAUUUCUGCAGGUAUUUUCUCAGAUAGCAAUGACAUUUUGUUUCGUAUUAUUUUGUCUUUCCUCAUGAAUGCACUGAUAAUAUUUUAAAUGCUCUAUUUUAAGAUCUCUUGAAUCUUAUUAUUUUUUUUUUUUAGUUUGGGGAUUCUAUAAGGUCUUUAUUUCCCAUAAGUAAAUAUUGCCGUGGGAGGGGCGGGAGGAGGGGGGUGGGGGAAAGGUUAGUAUGCGGGGUGGGGGCGGGGCAGUUUUUAUGUGUUAAGCAGCAGUACAACUUUACGGUUGGCAUGGUUUAAAAAAAUGGAAUAUAAGAAUAGCUGUUUUGUAUUUCGAUGACUGAUUUACGCUGUAUUUUAACACGAUGUAUGUCUGUUUUUGUGGUGCUCUAGUGGUAAAUAAAUUAUUUCAAU